GUAAGAGCUGGUUAUUUUCUGACUGCAAUAACAGGACUCAAGAGAAGCUGGUGAGCUUGUGUGUUCUUGGUUUCUAGUCUCCCCUCUCCUAUCACCUCCGGGAGACAGUCAGGCUCAUUUGAACUGUGCCCUGUCUGGAGUUUUCAGGGAGCCAAACCAGGUCCCUCAAAGUCAUCAGAACCCACCCUGGAAAGCAGGCAGCAGGCUCAGAGGGAUGGCAAGGCCACACCAUGGAGAUGCUGCUACUCCGCCAAGCUUCUUAGUCACCUUCAUCUUCCUGCAGUUCCUGCCUGCUGGGAACGGAAAAUCAGAUUUCCGUGUCCUUGGACCUCCUCACCCACUUCUGGCCAUAGUUGGGCAAGACAAAGAGUUGCCAUGCAAACUGUCACCCAACAUCAGUGCUGAGGGCAUGGAGAUGAGGUGGUACAGGGACCAGCCCUCGACAGCUGUGCAUGUGCAUAAGAAAGGGGAGGAUGUGUACGAAGAGCAGAUGGUGGAAUACAGGGGAAGGACCACAUUCGUCGGCAACCACAUGGUCAGAGGAGAGGCUGCUGUGAGGAUACGCAACAUCACCAUGUUUGAUAACGGGACUUAUCACUGUGCCUUCAAGGAGCACACUUCCCAUAGCCAGGCCACCCUGUGGUUGAAGGUGGCAGGGCUGGGCUCAUCACCCAGAAUACACAUUACUGACACCCAGGACAAAAGCAUAUGGGCAGAGUGCACCUCAGCAGGCUGGUUCCCAGAGCCCAAGGUGGAGUGGCUGGACCUCAGAGGACAGCCAGUGCCAGCUGAGACUCACUUGUCAGCCACAGCCAGCACAGGCCUCUUGACUGUGGUAUCCAUUGUGACUACCCAGGACAGAGCUGUGGAGGGCCUGACUUGCUCCAUCUCCAACCCCCUCCUCCCUGAGAAGAAAGUGGCUAAGACUUACCUGCCUGCACCCCUGUUCAGAAGGCCUCUGUCCACGGAGAGGGUACCCGUUCUGCCCCUUAUCCUUGCAUCGCUGGGACUUGUCACGGCAGCAAUCGCCUGUGCCUUCGGGAGAUCGCACAAAGAGGAUAACAAUGAGGAGGAAGAAGCAGUCCCAGGAGCCAGUGCUGAGGUUGAGCCCUUCCACGCCAGCCUGUCCUUGGACCCAGAAACCGCGAGCCCCAAACUCAUGGUGUCUGAGGAUCAGAAAAGUGUGAAGCGGUUGCUAUUUGCCCAGGACCUGUCUCCCAGUUCCAAAAGAUUUGACCAGGACCCCUGCAUCCUGGCCCAAGAGCGGUUUGAUGCAGGGAGACAUUACUGGGAAGUGGAAGUCGGGGACAGGAGGGCAUGGAUUCUGGGUGUAUGUCUGGAAAGUUUGGGGCGGGAAGGUAGGAUCCCCAAGUCACCUCAGCAUGGCCUCUGGGCACUGGAGUUUUACAAGAAGAAACUCCAGGCCCUCUCCUACCCAAGAACUCACCUGUCUCCUCCACAACCCCUCUGGCAUGUGGGCAUCUUCUUGGACUUUGAGGCAGGGGAAAUCUCCUUUCACAAUGCGGACAAUGGCUCACUGAUCUAUGUGUUCUCUGGGCUGUCUUUUUCUGGUCCCUUACAGCCAUUCUUCUGCCUCUGGACCCAUGACCCCAGGCCCCUGACCAUCUGCUCAGUGGUCAGAGAGACCGGAGAAGACACAGAAUCCUCUGAAGGUCCUUGACCUCCCUGGGGACUCCUGAGACAUCCUUAGGAAGACAGGCUCUUACCUUCUUGCCCACCCUGGCUCCUGGUAUCAUUUAUUGCAUUCCUGUGUGAAAAUUUCACAAGACACCAGGGGCUGCAUAUGCUGCCCCUACCAAAUUUCUCUGAUGAAUGCUGACCCCCCUACCCUCUCCCCACCCAGGAUUUCUGAAGGUGUUGUAAUUUGGAGAUGAAGCACUGAAAGAGAAGGAAAUCCUUGGUAACCUUAACCCCACAAACCCGGUGUUCUUAUAAGAGAGGAGAUCAGAACACAUAUGCACUCUGUGGGGACUCAGAUUUGCCACUCACUA